CUUGUUGGUGGACCUACCGAUGCUGAAGGGAGAGUAGAGGUUUUGUAUGAUGGAUCCUGGGGUACUAUCUGUGAUGAAAGCUGGGAUAUGAGCGACGCCAGGGUGGUUUGUAAAAUGCUUGGGUUUGAUGGAGCCUUGGGUACACCAGGAGCUGCUAGAUUCGGUCAGGGAUCUGGAAUCAUUUUUCUUAAUGAAGUCGAAUGUAACAGAGCUAAAGAUAACCUAGCAGACUGUUUUCAUCGAGGGAUUGGAAAUUGGAGUUACUGUGGUCAUGAACGAGAUGCAGGUGUAAUUUGCUACUCAGGAGACCCCUUAAGAAUUCGUCUUGUUGGUGGACAUACCAAUGCUGAAGGGAGAGUAGAGGUUUUGUUUGAUGGAUCAUGGGGUACUAUCUGCGAUACCCGAUGGGAUCUCAGAGACGCCAGGGUGGUUUGUAGGAUGCUGGGGUUUGAUGGAGCCUUGGGUACACCAGGAGCUGCUAGAUUCGGUCAGGGAUCUGGAAUCAUUUUUCUUGAUGAAGUCGAAUGUUACGGAGCUAAAGACAACCUAGCAGACUGUUUUCAUCGAGGGAUUGGAAAUUGGAGUUACUGUGGUCAUGAAAGAGAUGCAGGUGUAAUUUGCUACUCAGGAGACCCCUUUGAAAUUCGUCUUGUUGGCGGACCUACCGAUGCUGAAGGGAGAGUAGAGGUUUUGUAUGAUGGAUCCUGGGGUACUAUCUGUGAUGAAAGCUGGGAUCUGAGCGACGCCAGGGUGGUUUGUACAAUACUUGGGUUUGAUGGAGCCUUGGGUACACCAGGAGCUGCUUGGUUCGGUCAGGGAUCUGGAAUCAUUUUUCUUGAUGAAGUCGAAUGUUACGGAGCUAAAGACAACCUAGCAGACUGUUUUCAUCGAGGGAUUGGAAAUUGGAGUUACUGCGGUCAUGAAAGAGAUGCAGGUGUAAUUUGCUACUCAGGAGACCCCUUAAGAAUUCGUCUUGUUGGUGGACCUACCAAUGCUGAAGGGAGAGUAGAGGUUUUGUAUGAUGGAUCAUGGGGUACUAUCUGCGAUAACCGAUGGGAUCUGAGAGACGCCAGGGUGGUUUCUAGGAUGCUGGGGUUUGAUGGAGCCUUGGGUACACCAGGAGUUGCUAAGUUUGGUCAGGGUACUGGAAUAAUUUUUCUUGAUGAGAUCGAAUGUGAUGGAACAGAAGACAACAUAGCAGACUGUUUUCGUCGAGGGAUUGGAAAUUGGAGUUACUGCGGUCAUGAAAGAGAUGCAGCUGUCAUUUGCUACUUAGGAGACCCCUUUGAAAUUCGUCUUGUUGGCGGACCUACCGAUGCUGAAGGGAGAGUAGAGGUUUUGUAUGAUGGAUCCUGGGGUACUAUCUGUGAUGAAAGCUGGGAUCUGAGCGACGCCAGGGUGGUUUGUACAAUGCUUGGGUUUAAUGGAGCCUUGGGUACACCAGGAGCUGCUAGGUUCGGUCAGGGAUCUGGAAUAAUUUUUCUUGAUGAAGUCGAAUGUUACGGAGCUAAAGACAACCUAGCAGACUGUUUUCAUCGAGGGAUUGGAAAUUGGAGUUACUGCGGUCAUGAAAGAGAUGCAGCUGUCAUUUGCUACUUAGGAGACCCCUUUGACAUUCGUCUUGUUGGCGGACCUACCGAUGCUGAAGGGAGAGUAGAGGUUUUGUAUGAUGGAUCCUGGGGUACUAUCUGUGAUGAAAGCUGGGAUCUGAGCGACGCCAGGGUGGUUUGUACAAUGCUUGGGUUUAAUGGAGCCUUGGGUACACCAGGAGCUGCUAGGUUCGGUCAGGGAUCUGGAAUAAUUUUUCUUGAUGAAGUCGAAUGUUACGGAGCUAAAGACAACCUAGCAGACUGUUUUCAUCGAGGGAUUGGAAAUUGGAGUUACUGCGGUCAUGAAAGAGAUGCAGCUGUCAUUUGCUACUUAGGAGACCCCUUUGAAAUUCGUCUUGUUGGCGGACCUACCGAUGCUGAAGGGAGAGUAGAGGUUUUGUAUGAUGGAUCCUGGGGUACUAUCUGUGAUGAAAGCUGGGAUCUGAGCGACGCCAGGGUGGUUUGUACAAUACUUGGGUUUGAUGGAGCCUUGGGUACACCAGGAGCUGCUUGGUUCGGUCAGGGAUCUGGAAUCAUUUUUCUUGAUGAAGUCGAAUGUUACGGAGCUAAAGACAACCUAGCAGACUGUUUUCAUCGAGGGAUUGGAAAUUGGAGUUACUGCGGUCAUGAAAGAGAUGCAGGUGUAAUUUGCUACUCAGGAGACCCCUUUGAAAUUCGUCUUGUUGGCGGACCUACCAAUGCUGAAGGGAGAGUAGAGGUUUUCUAUGAUGGAUCAUGGGGUACUAUCUGCGAUAACCGAUGGGAUCUGAGAGACGCCAGGGUGGUUUGUAGGAUGCUGGGGUUUGAUGGAGCCUUGGGUACACCAGGAGCUGCUUGGUUCGGUCAGGGAUCUGGAAUCAUUUUUCUUGAUGAAGUCGAAUGUUACGGAGCUAAAGACAACCUAGCAGACUGUUUUCAUCGAGGGAUUGGAAAUUGGAGUUACUGCGGUCAUGAAAGAGAUGCAGGUGUAAUUUGCUACUCAGGAGACCCCUUAAGAAUUCGUCUUGUUGGCGGACCUACCGAUGCUGAAGGGAGAGUAGAGGUUUUGUAUGAUGGAUCCUGGGGUACUAUCUGCGAUGACUGGUGGGAUCUGGCAGGCGCCAGGGUGGUUUGUAGAAUGAUUGGGUUUGAUGGAGCCUUGGGUACACCAGGAGCUGCUAGGUUCGGUCAGGGUACUGGAAUAAUUAUUCUUGAUGAGGUCCAAUGUGAUGGAACAGAAGACAACCUAGCAGACUGUUUUCAUCGAGGGAUUGGAAAUUGGAGUUACUGCGGUCAUGAAAGAGAUGCAAGUGUCAUUUGCUACUCAGGAGAUCCCUUUGAAGUUCGCCUUGUUGGCGGACCUACCGAUGCUGAAGGGAGAGUAGAGGUUUUGUAUGAUGGAUCCUGGGGUACUAUAUGCGAUGACUGGUGGGAUCUGGAAGACGCCAGGGUGGUGUGUAGGAUGCUGGGGUUUGAUGGAGCUUUGGGUACACCAGGAGCUGCUAGGUUUGGUCAGGGUACUGGAAUAAUUAUUCUUGAUGAGGUCCAAUGUUUCGGAGUUGAAGACAACCUAGCAGACUGUUUUCAUCGAGGGAUUGGAAAUUGGAGUUACUGCGGUCAUGAAAGAGAUGCAGGAGUCAUUUGCUACUCAGGAGACCCCUUUGAAAUUCGUCUUGUUGGUGGACCUACCAAUGCCGAAGGGAGAGUAGAGGUUUUGUAUGAUGGAUCCUGGGGUACUAUCUGUGAUGAUGACUGGGAUCUUAGAGACGCCAGUGUGGUAUGUAGGAUGUUGGUGUUUGAUGGAGCCUUGGGAACAACGACAUCUGCUAGGUUCGGUCAGGGAUCUGGCCGAAUCCUUUUAACCAAGGUCGAAUGUUUUGAGACAGAAAACAACCUAGCAGACUGUUUUCAUCGAGGAAUUGGAAAUUGGAGUUACUGCGGCCAUGAAAGGGAUGCAGGUGCCGUUUGUUACUCAGGAGAGCAUCCAAACCCAUUCAAAGUUCGUCUGGUCGGUGGAUCUAACGAAGCUGAAGGGAGAGUAGAGGUACUACAUGACGGAUCAUGGGGAACUAUCUGUGAUGAUGACUGGGAUCUACGAGACGCCAGGGUGGUUUGUAGGAUGCUGGGGUUUGGUGGAGCCUUGGGUGCACCGGGAUCUGCUAGGUUUGGGCAAGGAUCUGGCAUAAUUCUCCUUGAUGAACUCAGUUGCAUUGGCACAGAGGACAACAUAGCAGAAUGUCCGCAUCAAGGGAUCGGAGACCAUGACUGUAUGCACGUUGAAGAUGCAGGCGCCAUUUGUUACACAGGAGAGCACCCGAAUCCAUUACAAGUUCGCCUUUUUGGUGGGUCUACCAAUGUUGAAGGCAGAGUAGAAGUCAUGCAUGAUGGAUCCUGGGGUACUGUUUGUGAUAUCAACUGGGAUCUCAGAGACGCCAGGGUGGUUUGUAGGAUGCUGGGGUUUGAUGGAGCCUUGAAAGCUCCGCGAUCUGCUCGGUUCGGUCAGGGAUCUGGCCGUUCUCUUCUUUACGGCGUCGAGUGUGACGGAACAGAAGGCAACCUAGCAGACUGUGCUCACGCAGGGAUUGGUCGUUACUCAUGUAGCAAUUCGAUGGAUGCAGGAGCUCUUUGUUACUCAGGAAAAAAUCCAGACCCGCUACAGGUUCGCCUUGCUGGUGGGUCAAACGAUGCUGAAGGCAGAGUAGAGGUACUGCAUGACGGAUCCUGGGGUACUAUCUGUGAUGGUUGGUGGGAUGUCAGAGACGCCAGGGUUGUUUGUAGGAUGCGGGGGUUUGAUGGAGCCUUCGAGGCACCGAAAUCUGCUAGGUUUGGCCAGGGUUCUGGUCGCGUUCUUCUAACGUUUGUCAACUGUGAGGGAGGUGAAGACAACUUAGCAGACUGUGCUCAUGCAGGGAUUGGACGGUACACAUGUAACCAUGCAAGAGAUGCAGGAGCCAUUUGUUAUUCUGAAGAUCUACAAUCAAAUAAUGUCCAUGGCGAACUUUUCCUGUGGCUCGUAAUUUGCAUUCCUGUCUCGAGUUUCAUGGUUUUAGCAGCCUUUGUAUUUGGCCUAUGUCAAAGGCGGAUGAAACGGGCGAAACAGAGUUCUGAUACUAGUACAUACAUGGAUUUGAUGCAUUCAAGAAGUGUAGACCGUCAGGACUUAACUUAUCAAGAUCUGAGUUCUCCACCGAAAUUACCGGAACGCUGGUCAGCCGUUACUUCUCCACAUAACAAAUCACAAAUAAUCUCUACAGAAAGUGAAAGUCCGACCGACGUCAGCCAUGACUACACGGACAUAAACACCGUUUUCGAUAAAAAAUCCAAUUCUCAUGAUGAAAUUAAUGAUGAUUUUCUUUCAUCAACUGCUAAAGAUUCAGAGCCAAGGGUGUACAUGGAGAUAGGAAAGAAAUCAGGUGAAGCAUAUUAUGAAAAUCGAAUAAGGGUAAAAAGAAAGACAGAGAUUAGUAGAAAUGAUGUUUCUCAUAAAUAUAUGGACAUGAGGCCAAUCGGACAAAAGAACUCAGAAACUCAUGACACAGGGUUUGACGGUUAUCUUCUACCAACCUCUGCAAGCAUGUCCAAGUCAUGUUUGCACUUAUCAGAAGGAACACCUCCCUCUGAUGUGGCAGAAAAUGGCAACAUCACUGUUCAGGAUAAAGCUCACAAGUACAUGAACAUGAAUAUUGCGUAUCAAAAGCCUGCAUAUGGCUCAGACUUAGAUAUUGAUGGCUAUCUUCUUCCCGAUAUCACGUCAGCAAACACUGACCAAGAUAUUGACGGAUAUCUUCUUCCAAGCUUUACAUCCACCAAACGCAAAGUGAUUCCGAAUAACCAAAGCAAUAUCAACAGGUCCAACCAACAGCAGAAAGUUCAUCAGUGGAAUAAAUAUUACGGGAGAUCAUGGAUGACCGUUUGUGGUGUCUGGUGGGGUCUCGAAGAUGCUAGGAUAUUAUGCAGAAUGCUCGGUUACGACGGGGCCUUGGAGGCGGGAAGAAUAACAAGGUUUGGUCAUGGAUCUGGUGGUAUUCUUUUUGUCGACUGUUACGGAUCAGAAGAGAGCCUAACAAACUGUUCCGAUAUAUCUGACGCAACCACUUAUUGUAAACACGAAUGGGAUGCAGGAGUCAUCUGCUACUCAGGAGACCCCUUUGAAAUUCGUCUUGUUGGCGGACCUACCAAUGCUGAAGGGAGAGUAGAGCUUUUGUAUGAUGGAUCCUGGGGUACUAUCUGUGAUGAUGACUGGGAUCCCCAAAAAUGUGUUCCUGGCACUCCAGUUGAUGCACAGAUAUGUGUUCAUGAGCGACCCCUAACGAUGAUUGGUCAAGGAAGUACGAUGAGAUCGUCUGGCCAGCGGUUUCAUAACCACGAUGAGCGGAUUCUGACCCACCAUGACAUAAAACGUGACAGUAGCCACGAAUAUACAGAAAUGGGAACCACAACCAAGACUGUUUCCGCGAACAGGGAGGAACAUAGCUAUGCUUAUAACAUCCAUCCAACAAGAAGGCAAGAAGACUCACGUGAGUCGACAGGUAAUGGGCAGUUCAUCAAUCAAAACAAACCACAAGGAUCAUGGAUGGCCGUUUGUGGUGGUGUCUUGUUUAAUCUCAAUGAUGCUAGGAUAGUAUGCAGAAUGCUCGGUUACGACGGGGUCUUGGAGGCGGGAAGAUUAACAAGGUUUGGUCAUGGAUCUGAUGGUAUUCUCUUUGUCGACUGUUCCGGAUCAGAAGAGAGCCUUGUAGGCUGUUACGACGUAUCUGAUGCAACAACUUAUUGUGAACACAAAUGGGAUGCAGGUGCCAUCUGCUACUCAGGAGAUCCCUUUGAAGUUCGUCUUGUAGGUGGAACUAAUGAUGCUGAAGGUAGAGUAGAGGUGUUGUAUAAUGGAUCAUGGGGAACUGUAUGUGGCAUCAGCUGGGAUCUGAGAGACGCGUGGGUGGUUUGUGCAAUGCUGGGGUUUGAUGGAGCCUUGGAAGCACCAAGAUCUGCUAGGUUUAGUGAGGGUUAUGGGCCAAUUCUUCUUGAUUGGGUUGAAUGUUAUGGAACAGAAGACAGCAUUGCUGACUGUAUUCAUCGAGGGAUUGGAGAUUGGAGUUACUGCGGUCAUGACAGGGAUGCAGGUGUUAUUUGUUACUCAGGAGAUCCCUUUGAAGUUCGUCUUGCUGGCGGAUCUAACAAUGAAGGGAGAGUAGAGGUUUCUUACAACGGAUCCUGGGGAACUAUCUGUGAUGAUGAAUGGGAUCUGCGAGACGCCAGGGUGGUUUGUAGGAUGCUGAGGUUUGGUGGAGCCUUGGAAGCACCGAGAUCUGCUCGAUUUGGGCAAGGAUUUGGUCGAGUCCUUCUAACUUGGGUCGGAUGCGAUGGAACUGAGGAUAACCUAGCUGACUGUAUUCAUCGAGGGAUUGGAGAUUGGAGUUACUGCGAUCAUGACAGGGAUGCAGGUGUCAUUUGUUACUCAGGAGCAAAUCCAGACCCAUUCAAAGUACGUCUUGUCGGUGGAUCUAAUGAUGCUGAAGGCAGAGUAGAGGUCAUGCAUAACGGAUCCUGGGGAACCAUAUGUGAUGAUGACUGGGAUCUGAGAGACGCCCGGGUGGUUUGCAAGAUGCUGGGGUUUGAUGGAGCUUUGGAAGCCCCGAGAUCUGCUAGAUUUGGUCAAGGAUCUGGUCAUAUUUUGCUAAACUAUGCCAGCUGUGAAGGAACUGAAGACAACCUAGCAGAUUGUGCUCAUCCAGGGAUCGGGCGGUACUCUUACUCAUGUAGCCAUGCAAUGGAUGCAGGAGCCAUUUGUCUCUCAGAAAUUCGCCUUGCUGGAGGAUUAAACGAUGCUGAAGGGAGAGUAGAGGUACUACAUGACGGAUCCUGGAGAACUAUAUGUGAUGAUGACUGGGAUCUUAGAGACGUCAGGGUGGUGUGUAGGAUGCUUGGGUUUGAUGGAGCCUUGGAAGCCCCGCGAUCUGCAAGGUUCGGCCAUGGUUCUGGUCCUAUUCAUCUUCUUUUUGUCGGGUGUGAUGGAACAGAAGACAACCUAGCAGACUGUUCUCAUGUUGGGAUUGGUCGUUUCUCAUGUAGCCAGUCAAGGAAUGCGGGAGCCAUUUGUUUUUCUAGAGGUAGGUUAGGGAUCGAUUUUGUUUACGACUUGGGUUUCUGA